AUGUAUCCAGAUGCUGUUAGUUAUCCCAUAACAAGAAAGAAGGAUACUGUUCUUCACAUCGCAGUUGCAGCAGAGCGCACAGCUUUUGUAAAAGAGCUGGUAAAACGGAUGAAUUCGGACGACUUAGCACUGAAAAAUUCACAUGGAAAUACGGCAAUUUGCUUCUCUGCUGCAUCAGGAAUCGUCUCAAUUGCUGAGGAGAUGGUGAAUAAGAAUACAGAACUGCCACUGAUCCGUGGAAGUAGAGGAAGGACACCGCUUUAUAUGGCAGCUUUGCAAGGACAUAGAAACAUGGCUUCUUAUCUAUACUCUGUCACUACUUUUGAACGUUUGACUGCUCCUGAACGCAUUGAUAUCCUUGUUGCUUUUAUUUCCAGUGAUCUGUACGAUGUAGCAUUGGAUAUUCUGAAAAAGGAUCCAGAAUUAUCGACUAUGAAGAAUACAUAUGGGAAGAUAGCAUUGCAGGAGUUAGCCAAAAAGCCUUCUGCAAUCGGCAGCAAAAGUCAACUAUCCAUCUGGGAAACAUGCUUAAACUCCUGGUUCCGAGGGAUGAUCUAUAACAAAGCUCUGAUGGGUACAAUAGCCUAUCAAUUGGUUGAUCUCCUCUGGAAAAACGUUCUAUUAUUGCCAGAGAGAGACUUCAUGGAGCUGGUUCAAGACCAUUCCUCUUUCCUUUUUGAUGCUGCAAGAUCAGGGAAUGCUGAAUUUCUAAUUAUACUUAUACGCUCCUAUCCUGAUCUCAUAUGGAGUGUAGAUCAGAAUAAACGAAGUAUAUUUCACCUUGCUCUUAAAUAUCGGCAAGAGAGUCCGGACAAAUAG